AUGGAUUCGUACGAUAGACCCACGUCUCCUGGAAGGGGUCGUGGAGGAGAUGGUUACCGCCGUCGUUCGCCAGGUGCUUCACAAGAUCGCCGUCGAGGUGGUGCAGGUCGUGGCCGAUCGCGCUCACCGCCAGGUAUUGAUCGCUACGAGCCACAAGAUCGCAGUCGUGGCCCCCGUGAUGAGUACUACACUCCUACUCGAGAUAAUCGAGACUAUACGCCUCGAGAUCGCGAUGACCGCCGUCGAGCUGCUUCCCCAGCUGUGAUUGAUCGCUACAUCCCGGGCCAAGAUGCUGGCAAACGAAGCGUUCCGACAAACCCGCUUCCAAACCCCAUGUCGCUCGAUAUUCAGGUUGGAUUUACCUGGUUUGCGGAAUGGUGGAGGGCGGAACAGAAUAUUAAGGAAGAAAAAGAACGCGCUAAACAUGGUGGUCGCCACCCAUCAGAUCGCGUCAAGGGCGAAAAGGAGGCUCGCGAAGAUCGUGAUAGAGAGAAGAGUUUGAUCCAGGCGGCUUAUGACAGCUACAAGGCAGAUUUGCAGAUCAAAAUGUCGCGCACAUUCGUUAAGCAGCAUCGUGGCGAGGAGUGGUUUAAAGAGAAAUAUGUUGCGGAGGCUCGCGACCCACUGCGACGACGUAUGAUGGAUUUUCGAAGGGGUGUUUAUGAUCAAUGGGAACGCGAUAUCGAGUCUGGCUAUUUCGACGAAUUUACACUCGAAGGAAUCUACAAAAGCGAGAGCGACGGUGCAGGUGGCGUUAUUGAAAAGGAAGAAGGAGAAGCUACCGCGGUCGGAGAGACACUUAGCGUUCUUGAUUUGUUGCCAGCACGAGGCGCGGAAUUGCGCGAUGACGCAUUGUCGCAACCUGCAUUAUUGAUCAAGACUCUAGCACCCAAUGUGAAUCGCACGAAGAUCGAAGAGUUCUGCAAGGAACAUUUGGGUGAACAAGAUGGUGGGUUUAGAUGGCUCAGUUUGAGUGAUCCUAAUCCUUCCAAGAAAUUUCAUCGUAUGGGUUGGAUCAUUUUACAUCCUGCUACGCAUGAGCCUGCUUUGGUUGAAAGAGGCGAUGGUCGCGAUGAGGAAGGCGAAGAGAAGGACGCAGAGAUUACAGCUAACGGAUCAAAGACGGCAUCAACGGCGGAGAAAGCAUUAGAAGCGGUUAAUGACAAGACCAUUUAUGACCCUGUAAAUGGAGACUUUGUUUGCCAUGUUGGUGUCCACGUUCCUCCGUCACAACCACGCAAAAAGGCCUUGUGGGAUCUCUUUUCUGCUCCGGAACGAAUCGAGCGCGAUCUCGAGCUUGCGCGUCGUCUUAUUGCAAAACUGGAUGCAGAGAUGGGUGACGCGGAUGGAUGUAGUAAGAUCGAGUCAAGAGUUGAGGAUCUUCGCCAGAGAGGCUUCUUGCAACCCACGGCAUCUGCAACGGGCGCAUCAAAGAAGAAGAAUGCACUUGAUGUGGAAAUGGAUGACGGGGAAGCUGAGGAGGAUGAAGAGAUGGAAGGACUGGAUGAGGAAGAUGUCGACGAUGAGGAUCUUUUGGUGAAGAAGAAGCAGAUUGAUUUGAUGGUGGAAUACCUUCGACGAGUGCAUAAUUUCUGCUUCUUUUGUGUCUUCGAAAGUGACUCGGUGCACGAGUUGGUUCGGAAAUGUCCUGGUGGUCAUCUACGUCGACCUCGGUCUGGCCUUAGCAAACAGGCUAAGCAGGUUGCUAGAGCUAGUGCCAUGGGUGAGCCGUUUCCUACUAAAAAGAAGGAGGCCAGUGAGGAUGGUGAGGAAACUCCAGCAGCGGAGGAAAAGCGGCCUCAGAAGUUGUCCAAAGGCGAACAACAGCUGCAGCGUGCAUUUAAUUGGGUCAAGACUUUUGAAGAUAAGCUUCUCCAGAUCUUAGAGCCGGAGAAUGUUGAUCUUUCGAAACUCGGCGGAAAGGACGUUGAACAAGCACUGGCAGAGGAGCUGGCAAAGUAUGUAAAGCAAGAAGACGAAUUUAAAUUCCGAUGCAAGGUCCCAGAAUGCUCGAAGCUAUUCAAGGCGGACCAUUUUUGGCGUAAGCAUGUGGAAAAGCGCCAUGAGGAGUGGUAUCAGAAUAUCAAGAAUGAUCUCUUGCUGGUUAAUGAGUACGUCCUGGAUCCGGCUCAUAUCGCUCCCUCACGGACCGAUGCCAACAGCAAUGGCCACUUCCCACUUGGCAGUAACCACAUUCAACCAGGUACACCACGUGGCUUCAACCUGGCUGCUAACAUGCCUUACUUUAACGGCAACGUUCCCAAUACAUUCCAAGGUAUGCAUGCUGGUAGUAACUUCCCUGGGUUCAUGGGUGUCAACUCGCCCGGUUUCAAUGGCAUGAUGGGCGACGGCGCAAUGAUGGGACAUCAUGGUCAACCAGGAGUCAUGCGCCGCGGCGGAGGACGAUACAGCAACCGCUCAGGCCCAUACGAUCGACGUGGCGGAAACAGAGCCAAUAACAACUACGGCAAUAAUAAUGGUCGUCUUAGUCCAGUCCGCGGUAUACCAGGCAUAUUCAACGGCGCCGGUGGCCGUCUCCCAGGUGGCGGUAAUCUCGGUAUGAACAACAUGCCGUAUGUACCACCAGGUCACCCUGCAGCCGCCAUGAUUCCACCCGGCGGCGUCGGUGGUGGCCCUGGUGGCACAGGAGGCUCAGGCAGUUUCCUGGACCAAGGCAGUGGUCAUCCAGCAAUGGGACCGAGAGAGGCGGUCCAGGGACGUAGUUUGAAGAGUUAUGAGGAUCUGGAUGCGGUGGGUGGCUCGGGAAGUGGAGAGCUGAAUUAUUAA